AUGCCCAUCCCAACACGCUCGGCUUCGCUGCGCGAUCCCCGUAAACAAACUUCAAGUAUAGCACGACCUACCACGAAACCCUCCACUCCGCUACCCGCCACGGCCGGCCCGACCAAGGACUCUGUCCGAGAGACAAAUAACAAGAGCCGCUCACCAUCAAAUCCCUCGCCGGUCGAGGGUUUGGCUCUGAAAGACAAUGGACUCACUGCCCGAGGAAGAACCCUACUCCCCCAGCGCAGUAACCUUGCUCAAGACAAUGGUCGUGGAACGGGUCAUGGGCGCAUUCAGCCACCUAGCAGCAAGCCGAAACUACGCGGGGACCCGUCACCAACUAGACAGCGAGAGUUAUCGCCGGCAAGAAAACCAAUACAUGCGGAUUCUACAGCAAUAAAUACCACGGUGGCACCCAGCCGUCGUCAAAGCAUCAUGCGACCCGGUGCAUUCAAGAUGCCUUCAGCGAAGAUUACAGUCCCUUCGUCAAAGAGCUCAGCGCCAUCAUUUGCACCACCAUCGCCCCGCAAAGCGCCAGGAACGCGAUCCCCAGUCCAACCUCCUACGACCAGAAGGCCCGCUUCACCCAAGAAGACAGACAUGUUACCCCCACCCCGCCCCACACGGUCAUACUCUUUGAGGCAACCUGCCAAUGCCAGCAAGGAACCGCCCGCAGCAGCCAAACUCCAUGCGCGCCAUAGGAGUCAGCUGGUGCAGAAUACAAAACAAGCCGAAACAACCCCAGCAAUCGGCCAACGUGCACGAACACUCUCAACCUACCAACGACCGGCGUCCCCUAAGAAAUUCUCCAAACCUCCAACACCUACACCGGGAGCCGAACCUCAGCCUGGGAAUAUGCUGAUUCCUUCAUCAUGGCCGGAUAUUGCUGCACUACAAACUGAACUUCUUCAGCUUAGUCUUUUCCAUUCUAACUCACUGCAAAACCAUGCUGAAUGGAAAUCUGAUUCCGAGUCACGUCUGCGCAAAAAGUACGAUAGUGUCGCUAGCCAAUAUCGUUUGGUACUGGCAGAUGAAACACAGCGGCAGUGCCAGCUGAAUGUGCAGGCCUUAGGGCUUUGGCUUUCCAAUUGUCGUGAACAUCGCGGUCCGCAUGAUUUCUCCGAGCAGGUUCAAAUUCUAUCCCGGGUUCUCCAAGAUGUCUCGGACAUGAUUGCUGGCAGCAGAGGUGCACAUUAUUCUCAGGCUGUGAAGAUCUUUGAAGAAUGGCUUAACCAAGCGGAGGUCAUUCGCCAUAGCCGUGAACCAGGGCGCGUUGAUGCCGGUGCCUUUAUUGACCCCCUGGCGCGAAGCUGGAAAGAAUCAUUGCAUACUUUAAAUGUGAGGUUGGAGCUCUGUGGUCGCGAAUUGCAACUCCUCGAUAUCCUCGGUUUCGGCCAAGUGGAACGUCUAGAACAGUCUGCUCUUGCCAGAGUGGCCAGGAAUCUAGCUGAAUUGAUACAGCUUAUGACGCAGGAGAUUCGUGCUAUGCAAGCAUUGGAAAGAGAAGUGGUGAGUUCAGAAAGAGAUUCUGUCAGCCGUCUUGCGACGCAACUGGCGGGCUCUAUGAGGGAAACGAGGGCACCCCGAGUUGGGGCAUGGAGAAGCUAG